CUUUCAUUAAACCGAUUUGUUAGAUUCAUAAUUUUCUCCUCUUUCUUGCGUAUUUUGGUCUCAAUGUUGAUUUUCGUGACCUCGACAAAUUACCUGCUUAUUUAUUAUCGUUCGCCUUAUUUCUUCAGUUUCAUACUUUAAUUAUAGUACAAAAUGAAAUCAAAUAUUGCAACAACUUACUCCUCAGUAUAGUUCUUCAAGAGAGCUCUAGGCUCCUAAUGUGUGUUUGUCUCGUUUCAUCAAUAAAUAAUUCUAAUUAGAAAGGCAUUGUAAGGUCAAUUAUAAUGAUUCAUGAAUAUUUAUAUUCGUAAACAAAGAAUAAAAUCGAUUAUUUAUUAUUGAUUCUGGGGUGCCACUCUAAAGGGCAUAGACCUUGUCCAGAAAGGACAAAAUACUACCCUAAAGUCAUUGACCUAUUUAGCGCGUUCCAGCUCAAUGUCUCAUCAAAAACGAUAUAAGAAGUAAAGUGAUGCAGUAUCAUUUUCGAUGUGAUAUUUGACAAGCACAGUUACUUUAUUUGGAAAGUUAUCACGUCCAAAACUAUGAUAGCAAAACAAUAAAUCAAUUGCAUUAAAAAUAAGUACAGGAAAUCAAAAUCAUUCCAGUUUUUAUUCUCUAUGGUUAAUAUCAUAAAUAAAUUCCGUUCGACGCAUACGGUGUUAGCAGUAUUUCGUUUGAGUAAGAAAAACGUAUAGAAAUUCGAUUAUAGCACAUCGCCACGAGCGCAUAUUGAUGUUCGGGUUCGUGUAUCGGAAUAUAAAAGUUUGUGUGUGAACGUGAACAAGACGUCUGCAAUAUGUCUGACUAUUUGGAAAUAUUUUUAGAUUUAGCUUAGUCGUAAAUAAUUAACGGAUCUAUUUAGAGUAAUCGAUGUCAUGGACUAUACAUGACAAAAAAUAUAAUAGAUCGAUAAGGAGACGACGUGCAACGAAGAUAUGUAUUGUUGUGGGUCGAGCGAGAGCCUUACGUGUGAAUAGUAGAUAUGCGCGUCACGGACAUUGUGCGGCCUGCCUCUGCGGACUAAGUGCGCGUGCUGUGACGACAUUGUAUUGAUACGAACGCAACGUUACGCUGCGGGGCCGUGUCGCCAUUGCUUUUGUCACCGUGUGAACAGUCCCCGACGGCAACAUGGAUCAGCUCGCGGUGCAGUGUCCCGUAUGCACGCUGUUCCUUCACAAUGGGAUCACCCUAGAGUCCCAUUUGGAUACACAUCCCAAAGACCAAGUUAUAAAAGCUUUGUGUAGUAUAGCAUCAAACUCUAAAAGCUCCAAUUAUGGUAGUAGAACUUCUACACCUGCACAUUCUGAACGAUCAUUCAGAAGCAGGUCACGAACUCCUGCUACAGAUGACAGUGCCAAGUGGACUGCAUCACGGAGCACUGAACAUGAUCGUUAUUGGCGUAGAACACCAAGCAGAACUUCUAAAUCAACACCAUUAUCAAGUACAUCGAGGAAUGGCACACCUGAUAUCAGAAUGCUGGAUAUGGGGUUUGAUAACCAUGGUUUACCUGGCAGUAGUGUAGGACAACAUGGAAACAAUCCAUUUCUUUUAAAAGCAGACAAGCUUCAGCAAUCUUUUCAAUCUCCUCCAGUUCCAGACUUUGACCAGCAGUUUGUUUACUAUCCAGAUCAACAAGAAGACAGAGAGAUCAAAUUUUCUCGAAGUGCUGAAUAUAGUGCAAUGGAUAAUAGCAACAAUAUGUUCCCUUACAAUGUGCCAACUAUGGCAGCUCCAAAUAUGAAGUUGUUACCAACAGCAAGUAGGAAAGCAAGUGACCUUGUCAAAGUUCUACCUAAACCUAAUAACAUUUUACUUAAAACCAACAUGGGUGGUGUGCAAUAUAUAGGCCCGGGGGUCAAACCCAUGGUAAUGGUGCCAUCUGCACCUACAUUUGUGCAGAAGAAUGUGCAAAACAAUAUGAUCAUGACAGGAGGUAUACCAAACCCACAGAUGCAGAUUGAUACCAAAACUGUUCCACCUCCCCUAGGUAGCAACCCACUCAACCAAUUGUCUUGUAGUGGUGCGUUCACUCCGGGGACUACUGUUGUUACCCAAAACUCACAAAUUAUCUACAGAGAAAUGGUGCACAAUAUAGAUGGGAAGCCAUUCAUAACCACAAUGCCUACUUUACUUGGAAAUGAGAAUGUAAAUAAUUUGUCUCAGGCUAGCUCUAUGUAUCAGAAUGUGAUGGUUGUAGAUCAGUUUGGCAAUACUUCAUGUAUGUACACAACACCUCAACAAAUGAUGAGCAAGGCGUGCCCCACAUCCAUGUAUAAUGAGACUGGGGCUAUGAUACCAAGCAUAACAAUGGACAAGUCUGUCCAGAGUAUGAAUGAUCCUAAAACACUUAUUAUUGAGGUAGGCCCACUGGUUACCCCUGCUACUGACAAUAUUUGUGAAGAUCCUAGUUCUUCUAUGUCCCAACCAGUUGCUAAUAGUCCUGCUGAGAGCACUGACAGAACUUCGGAGAAUCUUGAUCCCAAGUUAGAAAUGUCAGGCAGUACUAAGGGCUUAAAGAUUUUGAGUAACAUCAAGGUCGAAGUGCCUGUGCAACAUCACAAGAAUAUGGUAAACACGGUCAUGGAUCUUACUGGUCCUAAUGAGUCGGACUACCCUGUUGAACGAGUAGAUAGUCCUGAAAAGAUCCUCCCAGAUUUAGAAGAUAACAACCAAAUGUCUUCUGAUGAUACCCAGCCUUCAAUGUCUAGUGGUGACAGCAUGGCAUCCCAUACAUUUUCUGUGAUAAAAAAUGUUGGUAAUCCAAGUAAAAGUUCAGUUGAUAAUAAGUUGGAUACAGACUUUUCAGAUAGCUGUCCUGUGCCAGAUUUAAUAUGCAAUGAGAAACCUUCCAUAUCACCAUGUAGUGAGUUGUCAGAAAAUGGUGACAAUUCUACUGAUAGAACCUCAAUAUCUCCUAAGCCUGUGACUAGUCAAGUUAGCCAUAGGAGUCUAGCUCUUCCAGAAAAGAAGAUUCAUCUUCCACAGAAGCCAUACAGGCACAACACACUAAGACUGAACAAUAUUUUUGUUAGAAAGCACAAGAAAGUUUUGCAAAUUAAGAAUGCCAAGAACUUUACUGUAAGUCUUUCAAAGAAAAUUGAGCAAAGAGACACCAUUGCUUCAUCAUCAUCAGCUUGCAGAACUCCUGAAAAGUUUAUUAUGAAUAAAAUGCACCAAACUGAAAAGACAGACUGCAAAGAAAAGAGUAAUCUCUUGCAAACAAUAUCUGUGGAAGAAAUUAAGGAGAGUGAUGAGAACAAUGACUUUGAUGCUGAUACAGAGGAACAAUCUAUGGAUAUAGAACAAGUAGAAGCUGGUAGUCUGAAUCAUUCUGAAUUUGGUGGCAACAUGGACCUCAUACAGGUGAAAGAGGAAAUAAAUUCGAGCAAUGAAGGAGGGUUUAGUAAUGAGACCAUGACUCCAUCUGACCGUAUGCUGAAUUCAAUAGACUCAUUGCGACCUAUUAAUGUUAUUAAUUACGGCAAUAUGUCCAACGAGGAUUUUAACGAGGAAGCUAAUGACCGCGAAUUAUUAAAUCUGGAAGGAACAUCAAAAACCAAACAAUUUGUCAAUAUGAUGAACGAAAAUUACUUUGGGGACAAUAUUUAUGCGGAUUACUUUACUCCAGAUCGCGUCGAAGCGUUUGAUGCGGAACGCGAGGCGGCGUCGUUUAAGGAUGGCGGUAAAGAUGGUAUGUACCUGUGGGGCGAGCCGUCGCAGAAAGACGACGAGUUUGUGCUGCCCAACUUUAUACACGAGAGUUACAAGAUAGCAGAGAGUAACGGGAUAGAUUAUUCCGAGCUAGGUGCUAGAGACGUGCAGGCGGACGUCGAGGUGGACGGCUGCGAGCCAGACAGCAAGGCCGACGUGCUCAGCGAGAGCCGCAGCGACAGCGACGCGCCGCUCAACAUCUGUGCCGACGAGCGCAUGCCGCCGCGCGGCGAGCUCAGCGGCCAGGAGAGCAACGGGGACAUGGAAUCGCCCUGGAGCGGGAUGUAUUCCGAGGUGACGCCCUCGGAGCCGUAUGACUUGAUCGCCAGAGAGAGCUGGGCGUCGGCCUCCGACGGCUCAGACGUAGACACUAAUGACAAGGAGCCUAUCGGGGCUCGUAUAAGCGGGGCUCGCGCGCGGCGCCACACGUGUGCUGCGUGCGGCGCCACUGUGUCCACGCUGAAGGAGCUGCGCGCGCACAAGGCGCUGCUGCACGGCGCGCCGCACGCGCCCGCGUCCUACAGCCGCCUCGUCACCGCGCGGGCCAUCAUGAAGGAGGAGAAACCUGACGACACCAAUAACCUUCUAACGCCGAUUGACUCUAAAGAUUCAAUAUCGUCCUCGAUACUGCAAGUGUACGAGAAUAUUCAAGUGGAAGAAGCCAAGCCUAAGAUAGAAGUAGACCGUCUGAUCAAACAAGAAGUUAAGAGAAAACGGAAAGACUAUGUCUGUCCCACGUGUAAAGUGGACCAAGUUACGGAGACAUUAUUUCACGAACAUCUCAAGAUACAUCCGCUCGAGUGCCUCACGUGUGGGAAAUGUUUCUUCCGUCGAGCAAACCUCGCACUGCAUAUAAAGACGCAUCUAGGAAUUAAGAAUUAUAAAUGCGAGGUAUGCGAGAAGCGGUUCCUGACGCGGCAGAAGUUGAUGGAGCACCACAACGUGCACACGGGGCGCGCGCCCGUCAAGUGCACGCUCUGCGACGACACCUUCCGCCGGUACUCCAACAUGGUGCAGCACAGGGACCGGCACCACCUGCACAAGCGCGGCAAGGUGCGCGACUUCGUGUGCCAGUGCGGGCUCGUGCUGCACUCGCGCGCCAAGCUGCGCUGGCACCAGGAGACGCACGCCGAGCGGCCGCGCGCCUGCCACUACUGCAGCGACAAGUUCGUGCACGCCGCCUCGCUCACCCGCCACGUGCGCCGCGCGCACAACCAGUACUUCGUCGCCGAGCGCCUGCAGGGCAAGCAGGACAACGUGCAGUGCCCCGUCUGCAAACAGGUGUAUCUGAGAUCCAACCUACGGACGCACCUGCAGACCCACAGCGGCCAGCGACCCUUCGUGUGCAUCAUCUGCAACAAGUCGUUCACCACCAAGUGGAACCUCAAACUGCACCGUUGGACGCACAUGUCUCGGUCGGCCAAGCCGUUCAAGUGCACGCUGUGCAAGGGAGCCUUCAUCCGACAGUCGGAGUACAUCUCCCACAUGAACGCGCACAAGUCGGUGCGGCCGUACACGUGCAACUACUGCGGCUGCCAGUUCAUCCGCAAGUACAACUGCCAGCGCCACGUGCGCGAGCACGAGUCGGCCAAGAAGUACGUGUGCAAGGUGGCGGAGUGCGGCAAGUCGUUCCACCGCUCGUACUACCUGGCCGAGCACAUGAAGGUGCACAGCGGCGCGCGCCCCUUCGCCUGCGCCGUCUGCGGCAAGACGUCCAGCAACAAGUCCAACCACAACAAGCACGUCAAGAUCCACCACGCGCGCGAGCCCGUCGCCACCGAGGCCUAGCCGCGGCCCGGCGCCCGCAGCCCCGCGCCGAGCUUUCUCAUCACCAUCUACAGCAUCGAGGCUCUCGUCGAGCUGCUUGUAAAUAUCUA